UUUCCUUCCUCAUAUGAUGUAAUUUUUUGUACGUAAUCCCGCACUAAAUCCAAAGGUAGAAAAAAAAUCAAGCCAUGGACUGUAACCAGUAGACUUUUCACAUAUUUCAUACCCCGUUGUAUUCAGGAUUAACUAUCACUACAACAUCGUAUCAUGUCAGUAUCCAAAUCAAUUGCUGUGUUUGGAGGUAAUGGAUUCUUAGGAAGGAAAAUUUGUGAGGUUGGUGUUCUGAAGGGUUAUCAAGUCACAUCCUUCUCAAGAUCUGGUGAACCUCCUCAAGCAGUAAUUCAUCAACCAUGGAUUAACAAAGUAGAAUGGGAGAGAGCAGAUAUUUUUGAUUCCUCAUCAUAUGCUUCUAAAUUAGGUCAAUUUGGAACUGUAGUUCAUUCAAUUGGAUUAAUGUUUGAAGAUCAAUCUUAUAAGAAAGCUAUGAAUUCUAACUUUAAUUUCCUUAAUGAUGUUCAAAGCCUUGCCAAUAGUAUACGAGGUUCAAAUCCUAUGAAAAAGGGUGAAGAUGACCACGAAACUUAUGAAGCUAUCCAGCGAGAUUCUGCCGUAUUAUUGGCUGAUACUUUUGUUGAACAUCAAAAGGAAAAUCCUACUUUUGUCUAUAUAUCAGCUGAUCAACAAGUCCCAUUAAUUCCAGAAAGAUACUUAACAACUAAAAGAGAAGCGGAAUUUGAAUUAUCUUGUAAACAAGGUUUAAGAGCUAUAUUAUUUCGUCCAGGAGUCAUGUAUGAACAAACUCAUCCUGAAGACAAUGGUUUAACUACUAGAGAUAUAUUGACUACAUUUUUAAAAUUUAAUUAUAAUGCUAAACAAUGUAUUCUUGGUGAAAAUAUACCUUUCGUAAAUAAAUUGGUAAGACCUAUUGUAUCAACAGAUCAAGUUGCAACCUACAUUUAUGAUAAGAUUGAAAUACCGGAAUUUAAAGGAAUUGUACCUUUGGAUGAAAUUUAUAAACAUUAAUUCAGUAACGAUUGAUAAUGAUUAUUAUGACCAUGUAAAUAGGAUCACGAUACACUAUAAAAAUAUAUUAUUUAAUUAAUUGAUUGAUUGAUUUUGUUUGAUUUUUAACCAAAAUUUUAUAGUAAUAAAUAUAAAAAGCAUUAGUAGCAUUUAAAGUAACAACCUUAGUUGAAAACAUUGAUUAGCAU